AUGGAGCGUCCAAAUCAGCCCAUUGACGAUGCCACGGUUCUCAAGCGUGAGAAGUUUACAGUCAAAACGUUGUCUCAAAUUACUGACAGGGUGGUGGCAGAUUACUCUGGGGAGUUCUCACAUUGGAACUUCUCGCACAAAGUCCGUCAAAAGGUUGGACACUACCUAGAUGAUGCCGAGCCGUCACUCAACGGCAAUGAUGAUCCGCGACUGGCUUCGCCCAAACCCAAGUAUGUCGAAUACUGGCGCGCUACACAGCUGCAAGGGUCCGCCUCUCGGGUUCGGGGUAUCCUCAACAUCCUACCCCCAAAGAGUAUAGCAAUGUUCCUUGCACUGUUGGCUAUCGGCACUCAGUUUGCGCAUAUGGGAUCCGGUGACUUGGCCGUAACUACGGCAGGUAACAGUGAGGAGGAGAUUAUGGAAAGAGAAGCAGGGACCGUAUUCUACGAAGCAGCCACUACACUCUUGCCAGAUGUUAUCACCAUGGCGUCACUUGAAAGUGUCCAGGCAUGCCUACUCUUGGCUCACUACACGUUACCUUUAGACGCACAUGGAUUGGCAUAUACAUACCUGGGGCUCGCUAUCAAAAUGGCCAUCCAAAACGGUAUGCACCGAAGGCCUCGAGGUGUCGAGCUUGACAGCUGGACAGUUGAGAUGAGAAACAGACUUUGGUGGACAUCGUUCACUCUUGAAAGACGCGUGAGUGUGCUACAUGGUCGACCAGCUUCCAUCACUGCCAUGGAGAUGGAUACAGAGCUGCCACAAGAUCUGCCAGAGUUUCGACAUGAUGGACAGGUAUCUCAUUACGAGAACAUGAUGGCCAUGAUACAUCUGACUGGCAAUCUUGGAGAUAUUGCUACAGCCUUAGCAUUCCUCAAACGAUGCCCCAAACAUUUACAAUCCACCUAUUUUGAUAGGAUCUUGUUGAUCCGUGAGAAGCUUUCCGCAUGGUGGUCAUCCCUCCCAGAAGAUGUCCAGACACCAUCUGAGUCAUCGCCACUUUUCCGUGCAAAUGCCCACCUCAAGCUCAACUACCACCUCGUUCAAAUCUUCACUGGUAGACCGUUCAUCUUUCUCGAAUCGUCACCAUUGAAGGACACGGGCAACAGUACCCCUCGUCAAAGCCGGCGGGCUAUUCUCGUAUCAGACGCUCUCGAAGCAGCAUUCGACACCAUAGACUUACUAGAACAUCUCCACGAAACUACUGGCCUGGCCCGAGCAAGCUAUACUGAAUUUAGUUCAUGUCGGGCUUCACUUCUAUUAGUUCUCGCUCACAGUCUCAACCACAGUAAUGAACGGUCGAGAAUGGCGGUGCGGCAGGGCAUGAGGUUUAUCAAGGCCAUGUCCGUGGGGAACAAUAUGUCGACUAAAUCGGAAGCGUCCCUGAUUGAGACGAUAGAAGCGGCUGUCCGGCGUAUCUAUUCACGAAGAAGUUCCUCAUCAGGGGAACAGCGAGUGGAUAAUCAGGAGCUUCACAGUAGUUAUGAUAGAUUCAAAGAGUGGACUACACUAUUCGCUGGAGGUGGCACCUUCGCUACAGAGUCCCCCUCUGUUUCGAACUCAUCGGGGGCUAGUAAUGGUGCAGCAGCUGGGUGGCAUGAUGAAGCCACGGCGAUGGCCGAUCUUAUGAAUUGGACAGAACGUAUGGACGGUGAUAUAGAGACGAGAGUCUCCGUUGAUGGUUUUUCCGAUGGUCAGGUCAACUUGAUGGACACAGAUACUCUUGAGAUCAAUUGGGAUGAUUUUGGCUGGCAUGGAAGUACGUAG